UGUUUCUGAAGCCUCUGACACCAAAAUCCAAGCCGUUUCUGAAGCCCCUGACACCAACACCCAGAAGGAAGAGGUCAAGAAAAGCAAAGGAGAAAGAGGUCGUCGUCAUUUUGGCAAAUUGUUCAAAAAGAAAACAGAACCUAAAGCUGAAGCUGAGACUGUUGAAGAGAAAGAAAAAGAGACACAGAGUGAAGAUCAAGUGGAUGUAAAUGUUCCUCCCACUGAGCCACAGCAGGAGACGGCUAACCUAAACCACGAGCCUGAAUCAUUAAAGGAGCCAGAGAGGGUGACUCCAGUCUCCAGUCCCAAGGAAGAAAACGUUCCUGAAACUGACAACGGAGACAGUGAGCCCGUGGAAAGCAAAGAGGAGAGUAACCCAGAAGAGAAUCCAGUUAUGAACUUCUUCAAAACCCUAGUGACCCCUACUAAAACGUCCAAAAAGGAAACGGCUACUCCCGAUGCCGCUAAAGACAAGUCCCAGAAGGAGACCCAACCAGCGGCAACCUCUACUGUUGCACAAAUAUCUGAACCGCCUGCAGCACCCAAAGGAAUGUCUGUCCCACCACCCCCACCUCCAGAGCCACCGAAAGUGGAAAUCAAAGGAGAGCCAACUGCCAAACCUGUAAAGGCCUCUGCGAAAGAAGAACCUAAAGCUGCUGGAAAGGAGCCUGUGUCCUCGAAAGGAAAAUCAGCCAAAGAUACUCUGAGCAAAUUUUUCCGCCAGAAGUUUGAGGUAUUGCUAGGAGUCAAGACCUCCAAAAGCAAUGGUGCUUCAGCAAGUGGAGCCAAAGCCCCGGGCAAGACUGCAGCAGUGGAGACACCAGUGGAGGUGCCAGCGCCUGUUGUAGAAGUGCAGAUUCAAAAUGAGGUUGAACCUCAGGAGGCAGCAGCAGUGGGGGAAGAGCCUGUUGUAGAAGUGCAGAUAAAGGAAGAGGUACCACAACCAGUGGUAGAAACUGAGACGGUGGAUUCCUCAAAAGCUGGCACCCAGGAGGCUGCUGCAAAACCAGAGCCGCCGCCACCUGCUCAGGAAGAAAAGAAAAGCGCCUCAAAAUCCCCAUUCCUUUCUUUCUUCAAGCCUCAAGUACUAUUAGAUCACAUGACCACAAAAGUCCAGGCAGCCUCCACAAGUGGAGUUCGGCUCCUCAGGAAAACUACUGGACUGGCUGCUGAGCCCAAGAAGGUGACCCCAACCCCACCUGCAGCAGCGGAGGCAGCUCAAGCAGUUAAAGCCAAGGAGGAACCUAAAGCGGCAGCCAAGUCUUCAGAGCAAGCUGCAGAUAACAAACCAGCCUCUGUGCCUUCCCAAGCUGGCGAUGAUGCAGCCAGUGUGCCCAAAAAACUGGAAAAGAGGAACUCCAUUCAGCUAUUCUUUAAAAAUCUGACUCAGAAACGUCCUUCUACAGAUGCCGGAGUCCAGACAGAGCCACUGACCGCUGCUCAAGGAGCUGAGAAAGCCAAAUGAGACCAGAAGCAACCCUUACGUUUUCCUGUACAGUCUCCUUCCCUCCCUCUCACUUGUACUCAGUCCUUCUUUUUCUCUCUUAUCACCUUCUUGAAUCCCCUGAGUUACUUUGAUUACUUUGUUUUUUAAUUGUUACUGCUUAAAAGUCACAAUAGCAAAGGUAAGGUUUUGGAAGAAUAAAGGAAAGUGGACAGAACAGUUAGCAGGGAGUUGAACUUGUGGAGAUUUAAAAUGGUCAGAGGUUGUUUGGACAUAUUUUUUGUCACAUAAAUGUGACAUUUUCUACAGACGUUUAAAAUGACUUUUCUCUGUUUUGCAAUCUAACAUACUGGGCUUAUGCAAUAUAUAGUGCCAUGCUUUGCCUUGAACAACUAUUUUGUGUUAAAUCGAUAAAACUCAAUGUCAUAUAGGUUCUAUUUUUACACUUCACACCAGAGAAUUCACGCAGUUAAGGUAAUGCAGUGGUUAACAUGAAGGACGUAGAUAUGAGUCAUAGAAAUGCUCUUAAUGGAGCUGGUCUAAGGAGUAUUAAAGUUUAUAUAGCAGAGUGUGCUUAUAGAUUUUUUAACUCUAUGCAAGUUAUAUGUGGACUAAAACAAAAAGGUACAUGCCAGAACAGCUAUCUUUUAGCUUAUAUGGGACAUCACAAUCUCUACUGAUCUUUGGGGAACUGAUUGUAAAUACUCAACAAAUGCUUAAAAAUGCAUCCGAGGUAUUGAAACGGUGUCUUUGUGCAAAUGUGUCCUUGUGGUAUGCUCUGCAUUACUCAUAAAUCACAACCGAGAAGCUUUUAUUUUGAUUUUAGCACUUUGUGUCGUGUCAACUAACAAAAGUUUUCCGGUGUAAGUAAACUGUGUCAGGCGUAUGUGCAAUUAAUGUGACGCUGUAGUUUGUCGUUAUGUAGUGUGUAUGUGAAACUUGAGCUAUCCUGAAGACAAUAAAUGCAAAUAAAUAUACCACAUGCC